AUGUCUGCGAAGCACUUCAUCAACGAUCCGACCCAUCUAGUCAACACAGCAUUACAUGCUCUGACGAUCACCAAUCCGUCCGUCGCGCUCGAUGUUGAGAACAAGAUUGUCUAUCGCCGACCCAAAGAUGGCGCAUCUCAGGUUUCCAUAAUAUCUGGUGGAGGAAGUGGACAUGAACCAAGCUUUGGAGCCUUUGUUGGUGACGGUCUUCUCGCUGCUGGUGUAGCUGGGACUAUCUUUGCUUCACCCAGUGCUGAGCAGAUAAGAAAAGCAAUCAUGUCAAGAGUCGACGCGGAUAAGGGCAUAUUGGUCACGGUGAUGAAUUACACUGGAGAUGUGCUAAAUUUCGGAAUGGGUGUCGAAAAGGCAAAGGCAGCUGGGCUGAAGGUCGAAAUGCUAGUGGUGGGGGAUGAUGUAGGCGUAGGCAGAGCAGCUGCUGGAAAGGUGGGCCGAAGGGGAAUCGCCGGAACAGUUCUUGUUCACAAGAUAUCUGGAGCUUUGGCAGCAAGAGGAGCAAGUCUGGAGGACGUCUACAAAGUUGCGAAACUGACAGCUGAGAAUAUCAUUAGCGUUGGUGCGAGUUUAGAGCAUGUACAUGUUCCCGGUCGAGCUCUUCCGGAUCCGAACUCCGACGAAACAUUGGCACAGGAAGAAGUCGAGAUUGGUAUGGGAAUUCAUAACGAGCCAGGCAGCGGACGUGCGGUUGUUGAAUUGCCCGAAUUAGUCAAGAAAAUGCUCUCUCAGUUGCUCGAUUCGCAAGACAAGGACAGAGCUUUCUUGAACGUCAACUCGAACGAAGUAGUGCUUUUGAUCAACAACCUCGGAGGUGUAAGCGUAUUGGAACUUGGUGGAAUCACAGCCGAGGUGGUUGGACAGCUGGAGAAGUCGUACAAUAUCAAGCCAGUAAGAAUUUUGGCUGGUACUUAUAUGACAAGUCUCAACGGCCUUGGUUUCAGCAUAUCAAUCUUGAAUGUGGUCAAUACAAAUAUUGGUGGUCCCAGUAUGUUGCAGCUACUGGAUGCACCAUGCGAAGCAACAGGAUGGACUGCUCCAAUUAACACGGAAACAUGGGAAGCAAAGUCAACGAAGACGAGAGAGUCAGCAAGUUCAGCAGAUGAAAAUGUCAAGUCAAGUGGCUUAAAGCUAGACCCAGAAAGCGCCAAAGCUGCUUUAACAGCCGCCCUGCAACGAGUGAUUGACGUGGAACCCGAAGUGACAAGAUAUGACACGGUUGUAGGCGAUGGAGACUGUGGAAUUGGACUCAAGAGAGGAGCUGAAGCUGUCAAGAAAUUCAUCAGUGAUAAGCCUCUUUCAGGAGAUGCCGUCGUGGAUCUAUUUAAGAUUGUGCAGGUGGUAGAGACUACCAUGGAUGGUACAAGUGGCGCACUCUAUGCUAUCUACCUUAAUUCUCUGGCACAUGCCUUGAGGGAACAGUCCGCAGGGGAAGCAGAUUCCAAGGUAUGGGGAGCCGCUUUGAAACAAGCAUCACAAGCACUUUCAAAGUAUACCCCAGCACAACCUGGAGAUAGGACAUUGGUAGAUGCGCUGCAGCCCUUUGUAGACACUCUCAAUUCGACGGGUGAUUUGAAGAAGGCGGCGGAAGCAGCAAGGAAGGGCGCGGAAGGUACAAAAGGUAUGAAAGCUAGUCUAGGCCGCACUGUAUAUAUCGGAGGUUCCGGGUAUGAGCAGGUUCCUGAUCCAGGAGCGUGGGGUCUCAGUCAGUUCUUUCUAGGUCUGGCGGGUAUCAAGCCAUCAGAAGCAGAGGACUAUGAGAUAGUCUAA